CUAGCUUCGCGGCUUUGAACUUUUGAGACCGCCGCGCUGACCGCAUUUGUGCCCAACGCCGGCGGAGACAACCGGCAGCGCUCUAAAUCCAAUCGCUGCACUGCGCUGCGGCGCUGAACGAGCAUCCGUGCGAAGUGCACAACACAAUGGAUCCUGACCUGCUACAGCAGCGCCUGCGCGAGGCGCGCGCCGGCCAGCAAUCGACUACCUGCGCAUCACUGCCUCCGGAGUUACUCGCAAGCAUUGUCGAAUUCGCGUUUCCCUACAAUCACAAUCAUCAUUACACCUCGUGGAGCGGCUCAUGGCUAGGCAGCUUUCUACGCAUGGGCUGCAUCAAUUCUUCCUUUCUAGAGAGCCUGAAGUACGUCACCAUGCUGCAGAUCGACUUGAGCUACCGGCUCUUCCGGCGGUUUCCGACAGUGCCUAACGGGGUAAUGCUUCCCGCGCGCUACGACGCAGACGUAAGGCGGUGGUGCGACAUCGCGAGCCGCCGACUGCGACAUGUACUCAUCGUGACGGAGUGUGGAGGGGGGAACGCGUUCAAUCCCGUCCAGACGAAGCAUAUUGUGGACUGCGUCGCCUCUUUCCCAAACGUGUGUGAAUUUACCUUGAACAAUACGGAGACGGUCUCUACCUGCAUGUCACUCUCUGCGGCACUGCGCGCGGGGCGGUUCAGCAUUCUCCAGAAACUUACUAUAGAUGGUGCCGGUGACAUGUGCAUUCUAAAAAAAACAACUUCUUCAACGUUCAACGUGAGGCGGAUAGCGAAGUUCGCCUUCCAAGAGCUCAUCUCCGUGCUCCCGCCCGACCGAGGCAUUGAGUGCUUGGUUGAAGGGGUAUUUCCGGAGCUGAUGGAAAUCGGCGACGAGACUUCUUGGGGCCUGUGGGCCGCGACGUUCUUCAGCCUGGUCGGAAAGGGCGUGGACGUGCGUUCACGACCGAUCCUUGGUGAAAUUGCGUACAUGCAUCAGAAUAGCUACGAGGGCUUCCGAGAGUCUCUCGACGGGAUGAGGACGUUCUACGGCACCGUCGAGCUGCUGCUCACGGAACACGGCGUCGAUCCUAAUGCUCCUUAUGACGUUGCGCAUUGGAUGUCUCGCACUCCGCUGUGGAUGAUAUUGGACUCGCUCGCGGAGACGAUUGAGGUUGUUCAGAGUGAUCUUCUGGCCGAGGCUGACCCGGAGGUCGACUCUGAUUUUGAACCGGAGAUUGAUUCCGAGCUGGUCGUGCCGAUGCUUCGUUUCUUCAUGCGCACCGUCGACCUGCUCGUCCGGCACGGCGCGAGGAGCACGAGGGCCGACUGCGUGACGCGUUCCGGACGCGAUGACACUACAUUGCAUCCCUGGAUCCUCGCGCGCCCCGACUGCACGCAGGCGAUCCGGGACGCGGUGGCCCGGGGGGAGCUGUUCCAUGACAAACAUGGAUGAUAAAGAC